AGCCAAUUUGGUUGCCUAUUCGAUUGAAGGGAAAAAUGCUAUUUUACGGAUAUCUUCAAGUUAUUUCCUUUUGCUAUAUAUAUCUUGUGGUCUUAGUGGCUUUAUAGUCUGGGGUUUUAAUGUUCUAUUGUUCGGCGCUGAACUGAACUAAUGAAGAUGGGAAUACGCUUACUGACUUAUAUACGCAUGCCAAUGUUGUCAUCAGACAUUGGUUUUCCAUCCGAUCCGAACAACUAGACAGCUGUCCUUGUCGGGCCCUCGGUCCGGCAUCACUGACAAGGGGGAACCACACCGGUAAAUCUGGAUGCACUUUCUCAACCAAUGCAGGGAUCGAACACCUGAGCUCCAGACUAGCGAGCCAGCGUCUUACCCACUGGAGGCUCAGUGCGGGGAUAUCUAUUAGCUUAACUGCACGAUUUAAAGGUCACCAGAAAAGGCUUCAUAAUAUCCUUACUGACUGCCUAAAUAUAUUCUUUAGUGCCGUGGGAUUGCGUCAGGCAAAAAAAUUGUUUUAAUACAUAACAUGCGUCACGAGCAUUCACAAAUGUUUACCUGUGUAGAAAUAAAAUACGCAGUUAUCUGCCCUUUGGUAAUUCAAACAAUCUGAUUGGUCAAUAGGUUAUUGCGUCAUAUUAGUCCUCUUUAAUGUCAACAAAUGAUCAAACAGACGUCAAUAUCGGUCGUAUAAUUUCUUUACGAUGGCAGACAUUGAGGAACUAGAAUUUUUUGUCCAGCCUUACCAGUUCGAACCACCCGCGAGACGUGAUCAAUUUAACAACAAUGAUUCAAGCGAGAACGAUUCGUCCAGCAGUAGCGAUGCCUCUGAAGCGGAAGGUCAACUGCACGAUGUAACGUAUUGGUGCAGUUGUGGACAUUGCCUACAAAUGCAAGUUCCACGUGACAGGAAGUGUUGUAAAGAUUGUCUGCAGUGUGUCGAGAAAAUGGGGCAACGUAGUUGCAUCUGUCAACAUGAAGGUUUUCUUGCAAAGUGUUUAAAUCCCCAUGUACUAGAGGUCUCUUUUUAUGAGUACAUUGAACAGCAAGGGCCAGUUGGUGAUGAUGAACCUAUACAUGAGGUCUAUAGAUAUAUAGCCUACAGAAGGUUUACAAGAUGGAUAUGGCAUAUCCUUGGUAAAAAGAACAGAAAGGUCAUUCCAUCCUGUGUUGUAAAUAAAAUUCGUGAAACUUUUCCUUCCAGUUCUGAAACUUACACAGGAUUUAAGUAUCCUGAUGACUAUUAAAAAUAAGAA